CAUGAGGGAUCUUUCUGGAAGGUCAUGGCAUCAUCUCUCCUGGUUUUAGCAGAGUACAAAACAUGGAUUAUUAGGAGCUGAUCCAUCACGAACAGACUGGAUAAGGAGCAUCAUCCACAGAAGUUGGUGUGUGAUUCGGGUGGAGGAUGAGGUCCUCUCUGGUGGUGUCUGGUGGAGAUAAGGGUCUGCGGGCACGACUUGGACGAAUGAGACAACUGCUGUGCCAGACUGGGCAUCAUGUGGAUGUGCAGAUGGACGAGGAGCCUGGCGUUUGGCUCAGGAGCUUCCAUCUGCUGGACCUUGAGGAAUGCAGUGAGGACCCGGUGCAGGAGUGGGGAGAGGAGGUGGAAGACGGUGCCAUUUAUGGGGUCACUCUUCACCGAGAACCCAUCCAGCCCCCACCUGAUGCUGCUGAGAACUCUUCUGCCUUCGGCUUCAUGCAGUACUGCACAAUGAAGGUCCGCAGGCUUAAAGCAGCCACUCUGGAGCGUCUUGUCUCAGAAUUGGUGAACCCGGAGUGCCCUGACCCAGACUACAUGCAAAUCUUCCUCUCCACCUACAGAGCCUUUACCUGCACAAAUGCUUUCAUAGAACUCCUGUUUCAAAGAGAGGACAUGGUCACCAAUCUGGACAACAGUGUCUGUUUUAGGAGUUCUAUGCCAUGUCUGAUCCGGCUGUGGUUAGACGAGUAUCAAGAGGACCUUCGGGACUCUCCAGAUCACCAGGCUCUUCGGCUGCUCUGUGCUCAUCUGCGUCAUCGCCUUUGUUUCAGACGUCUGGUUCAUCAAGCCGAUGCUCUUCUCAGAAAAUUUCAGACUGAAGGUACAUCAGCAGAAGCCAGCACAGCUGCUGUAGAGAAUCGGGCAACUGAAGACAUCACGGACAGACAGGACAUAGAAGAGAUGGGGGAUGUACUGGGCUUCCCUGCACGAGACAUUGCUGAGCAGCUCACGCUCUUAGAUGCUGAACUCUUUGUCAAAGUGGUUCCAUUUCACUGCCUUGGCUGCAUUUGGUCUCAGAGGGACAAGAAAGAGAAUCGAAAUCUAGCGCCUACGGUCCGUGCCACCAUUGCCCAGUUCAAUGCCGUCACUAACUGCGUUAUCACCUCUCUGCUGUGCCCUCCUUCCACAUCCCCUCCCGGUUCCCCAUCCUGCACUCGUAGCGGCCCUACACACAGGGCAAAGAUUAUUGAGAAGUGGAUCUCUGUAGCUCAGGAGUGCCGUCAGUUGAGAAACUUCUCCUCUCUGAGAGCCAUCUUAUCUGCUCUUCAGUGCAAUGCUGUUUACCGGCUAAAGAAAACCUGGUCGGCAAUCAGCAGGGAGAGUAUGGCUGCCUUCGAUCUCCUGUGCGACACAUUUCCUGAUGAGAACUGUGUGCUGGUCAAUCGAGAGAUACUUGUAGAGGAAGGAAACCAGGCAGCUGAUGUAGACACUCACACCGCUUCUAAGUCUCCCAGACUCAGUCCUACAUCUAAACACAUGACCCCCUCCAGUGGUGAGGUGCCGUACCUGGGCACUUAUCUGACCGUUCUCACCAUGUUGGACACAGCACUAAGUGACAAUGUAGAGGGGGGUCUCAUCAACUUUGAGAAGCGCAGAAAAGAGUUUGAGAUUCUGUCUCAGAUCAGGCAGCUGCAGGCGUCAUGUGCUCAGUACAAUCUCCAAUCACAUCCUUGCAUCAUUUCCUGGAUCAACAGCAGCAUACCUCUUUCUGAUCAGAAGAGCUAUGAGUUGUCAAGAGAACUGGAGCCACCAGUUGACCCCUGUCCCAGCUCUCCCAACCCCUGGAGCCACCGGCUCAUCACCAAGAAACUGACCUCAUUGCUGUCUGGCAAUGAGAACCUCUCAAAGAAGACUUUUGCUGAUCAGAUCAGUGUAUCAUCCUCUGGCUCCAGUGGCUCAGAGAUGGAAGAUCUCAGCAGCCCCAACCUCUCACUACUUAGAUACAAAAUACAGUCACCAUCCGUAUCCUGUCAGGACACCUCAGUAGACACACCCAGCUCCUCUCCGACUCCGCCCAGCUCUUUUCGAAGAUGCCUACAGACGGAUCUGUCUGCCCUGAACCCCGACAGCCCCUCCCCUACUUCAUCUGCAUCAUCUUCAUCAUCCUCUCCUUCUCUCAAACAUCCCAUGUACAACAAGCAGGUCGCCGAUUCUUGUAUUGUCAGAGUCAGUGUGGAAUUUGGCAACAACGGAAAUAUUUAUAAAAGUAUUUUGAUAACCAGUCAGGACAAGACAGCUCAGGUGAUUCAGAGAGCUCUGGAGAAACACAACUUGGAGGAGAUGAACUGCCAAGACUUUAGUCUCACACAAGUGGUUUCUAAUGACAAAGGUGAGCUUCUUGAUUCUGUGUAUGACCUUAAAAAACACUGA